AAAAAGUAAAACAUACAAAGUCAGAACUGUUCAGGGUGCACAGAAUUAAGUCUUUGAUUCACUAGUGGUGGGUGUACGGCAGCAGAAAGGAUCAUCAAAGCUUCAAUGAGGGAGGGAAAGCCAAACCUCGGGAUAAUCAAGAUGUUCUGUGAAUAAAAUCACACACUAGAGUUUCAAGUCAAACUGGGUGUGCUCCUUCUGAUAAAAAGAUACCCGGAACUUGCUCCAUUUAGUAAUAUGUUGACUGAGCAGGCAUCACUGAACAAGGUGAGGAUUUUACAAAGCAAAGACAGUUAAAUUAGCCAUGUCAAGCUCCUUUCCACUUUCUACUGCCACCUAUAUAUCUGGGGCAUUUAAGGUCACUGGUGAACGAGUUGUGGGCAAAGAUGUGACAGUUACGUUGACCAUUACCAAUCUAACUUGUAACAGCAAGUCCAUAAAGGUGAACAUCACUGCUUUCUCAAUCCUUUAUACCAACAAGGAAAUGCACCAACUCCUGAAUGAAACCCGGACACUUUGCUUGAAAGGCAAGGAAGAAAAGGAGGUUCCACUGACAAUAAAAUAUGAGCAGUACGAGGAUCUCUUGACUGCAGAUAAUAUGAUUGAGGUCCACGCUGUUUGCUCUUCUGAAAAAACCAAUGAGAAAUUAGUUGUGGAAACAAAUAUUGCACUGGAGAAUCCGAAAUUUGAAAUACAGCUUGUGGGUAAGGCCAUAAUAAACAAGUCAACAACAGUACAGAUCAUUUUCAAAAACCCUCUGAACAAAGAUCUUACUGACAUUGUGGUCAUUGUGGAAGGCAGCGGAUUGAUUAAGGAACCAAUCACAAUACAGGGUGGCAGUGUUGAAGCAAAGGACAGCAUCACAAUCCCUGUAACGUUCACACCCUACAAAGAGGGAGAAAAAUACGUGCUCGCUGAUUUCACCUGUAACAAGUUCAAGAACAUCAAAGGUCACUUACAGAUCAACGUGCAGGCAGAAUAACAAUAUUGUUAUAACCACAUGCCAACAGCAGUUGUAUACUGACAGUGGUUAAACAAAUUAGCCUACUGUUUGCUUUUAUUCUUGCAUCCAUGGCUUACUUUUAUCCAGAAAUAUACACAGAUGAACAGAUUGGAUGGUCCUGAAACUCAAGCAAGGGCGUCCAACCUGCAGUGAUUGGAUGGGUGUUGGUGCAAACUGUCAUCAUGUGGUCCAUGUCUUCCUGCCCACAUUAAUGACCCCUAUAUCAUCUUCCCAUAGCUCUUAGUCCCUACAUAUAUAGACAGUGAGUUAGCCGACUACUUUAUUCUUCUCAUUCUAUGGUGACAGAUCUAAUUGCUGACACCAUAACAACCAAUAAGUAGGUGGCAUUUACUGGUCAGCUAAUGAAUACUAACUGAAGGCAGAAUCUGAUUGGCUGCUGUGGGUUAGUAGCAGGCAAACUUCAGACUUAAUUACACAAACAGUGAAUGUGGAAGAAUGUGGAACACUUACCAUUGUUGCCAGGAGAAGAACUGAAGCCCAACAUUUCAAUGUACACAUAACUUUCAGGGGUCUCUGACUAUCACUGUACAAAUAAGGAUAGUGGUUGGCUGGAAUAGCUGUUAGUUUUCUGAUUACUCAGUUGAAUGCAUGAACAUCAUUUCUCAUACAGGUUUGUUUCCCAUGUUCCCAAUGGUUUGAAUGACAAGUUCCUGGCACCAGUGCUCCAUCACUUACCACAAUGCUUUUUGUUAUUUCUCCUUCUGCCCAUUCCUGACACCAGUCAUUCAUCACUUGCCAUACUAACAGUUAUUUCCCCUGCUAUUGAUUCUUUUCUCUAGUGCUUCAUCAUUUCCAUAUGAACAGUUUUUAUCCUUGCUUGUGUUAAUCCCCUACACCAGUGGUCCAUCACUUGCCAUACUAACAGUUAUUUCCCCUGCUAUUGAUUCUUUACUCUAGUGCUUCAUCACUUUCCAUAUGAACAGCUUUUACCCUUGCUUGUGUUAUUCCUGACCCCAGUGUUCCAUUAGUUGCAAUACUAAUACAGUUAUUUCACGUCCUGCACAUUCCUGGCACCAGUGCUCCACCACUUGCCAUAAUAACAGUAGCCCACUCCUGUAGCAUCCAUGCAAUCAGCUGCUACAGUAUCUUAACAACGCCAAUGGUCUACACCAGCGAUCUCCAACCAGUGGCUUGUGAGCAACAUGUUGCUUACCAUCCCCUUUUAUGUUGCUCCCAGUGGCCUCAAAGUAGGUGCCUAUUUUUUUAAAUUCUGGUUUGAAGGCAAGUUUUGGAAGUAGAGAGACACAGUUUUACUCCAAGCACAGUCUCCUGCAGGCCAUAUAGGUCUACCAAAUGGUCAAUUACUGCUCUUAUUUGGCAUCCCUAAAGAACUUUUUCAUGCUUGCAAGGCUCAUCAACUCUUUAUAAAUCUAGUGUGGCUCACGAGUAAAAAAGGUUGGGCAUCCCUGGUCUAUACAACCCAACUACCACAGAUAGAUUUCACUGUCUGCUUGUUCCUCUAGUGAAAAGGCUCUGUAGCUUUUCUACACUAACACUGCUGUGGGUAGGCCCGGAUAUUUGGAGAGUAAUUUUGCUCAUACGGAGCAAUGGGGACCGAACACGCAGAAACUUUAGCGCAUCCUCUCCUCUCUGCUCUGUAUGCGACCGAAGCGGUGCACAUUUGUGGGGGAGGGGGGCCACCAUGAGGUGGGCGGGCGGCAUUCUUGUGGUCCAAACAGGCAAUCCCCACUGAAUCAAUUACAGCAACUGCUUUGACCCUGGGAAAACAGAACUAGUGGAAUGGAGUCUGUCAUACUUGGCUGGUUGGACAAAAGUUCAGGAUAACACGAAAAAACAUAUUUUGUGCUGGUAUAUAACAUUCUGUAUGUUGAAAGAAACUUUAUGUAGACAUAAGCACAGAUACGUGAAGUUGUUUUUUUAUUGUUUUUUAACUGUGUUACAUGUAGCAUAUAAAGCACAACAUGACUAAAGAGUUACAUCUCUACUAAUGCACCAAUAAACUUUGCAUGUGAAAAUAA